AUGGGCGGAAGUGUGUCAAAGGGGCCCGCACAAUCCCCGGAUCCGCUGGUCUCUGAGGAGCAAUGGCGGCGCAUGAGAAGUGCUUGGUUCGGCAUUUUCGCAAAGGAAGACUUCAAACCGAAAAGCAUCAUCCAGCUCUUGUGUAAGCAGACGAAGACCUUGAAGUAUGGCCAGGUAGAUCGGGUUCUGGACGGCUCGUCAGCUUUUGUGAAAAUUGCCGAUGGCGUUUUCAUGGUGCUGACGUCGGCAAACACGAUCUGGUCCUUUGUGCCAGAUGCGCAGAUUGACAAGGCCAAGAAGGCAGUGUCGGCUUGCUGGGACGCAGCAAGGAUCCUGCAUCUGACUUCCGUGGAGGGUGUGAAGAUCGUGGUCACUUCCGUUGCCGCAGAAGGGCUUUGUGGUGCAGCUUCCGUCACCAGUGGUUUGGCGACACUCGGCGGAGGUUCCGUGGCUAGCGGUGGCUUGGGCAUGGUGGGAGGAAUCUUUGUAGUUGCAGCGGCACCAUCAGUGCUCAGCGCCCAUGCCGUCUACAGUCUGUGCGAUGCAAUGGAGAACAACUCCCUCACACCAACAGCAGUUGCCAUUGGUGGUGUUGGUGGGGCAGUGGCGGGAUCUACGAUUGGUAUCGUCAUGGUGGCUGAAAGUGGUGCUGUGGCGGGUCUAUCUGCUUCAGGAAUCACGAGCGGUCUGGCUGCACUCGGCGGCGGAAGCAUCGCAUCUGGCGGGGCCGGUGUGCUGGGUGGAGUUGCGGCCGUGGCAAGCGGCGCAGCGGUCGCAGCACUGGCUGUAAGUGGCACUGUAUGGCUUGUAUCCCACUUAGUUGUGCAGGACAAGCUGGAAGACCAGAGAAACAAGAUGCUGGACAUGGCUGUGAAACAGGGAUUCACAAGCCUUCUAGGCGCCGCUGAUCCGGUUAAGCUCAAGCUGUGUCCGCAAACGCUGGGGCAAGUCCCAGCCUACGAACUUCUUUUGCUGCUGGCCGUUGCAUCGCAGUACAGCUCUGCUGUCAACAUCUGCGGCAAGGCAUCUUGCUGGCAGCAGGCUCUCGUGGUCUUCAGCGACAUGUCGCAGCGCGGGCUCCAGCUCACAACAGUGACCUACAACGCGACCAUCGAUGCCUGCGGCAGGGCUAAGAGGUGGCAAGCCGCUGUCGCGCUGUUCGCAGCUCUCCGGCGCGGCUCGGUUCAGGCCAGCAUCGUCUCUUACAGCACUCUGGUGAGCGCCUGUGGCCGUGCGGGCGCAUGGGAGGUGGCGCUUGGCAUCUUGGAGGAGGCAGAGACCUCAUCGACGGCCCCGAACGUGAUUACCUACAAUGCGGCAGCCAGCGCUCUUGAGAAGGCUGGGGAGUGGCAGGUCGCGAUGGAGCUACUGGGUCGUAUGGAAGGGGGAGGUCUGCAGGGCGACGAAAUCACCAUCAAAUCGGUCAUGGGCGCCUGCGCCCGGGCCGGCGAGUGGGAGCUGGCACUGUUCUUCUUCGCGGGCCUCGAAGCACGCGGCCUGCGUCCCAACGCCUUCCACUCCACCACGGCCGUCCAGGCGUGCGCGACGGCCGCAGUCUGGACCAGAGCUUUGGCAAUCUUCGAGGCCGUCGCCUCCGAGCUGCCACCGGCCUCUGGGAUUUACUCCGCUGCAAUCACGGCCUGCGGACGGGCCGAGAAGUGGGAGAUGGCGCUGUUCCUGUUCAGGGAGGCCCAGCACCAUGUGGAGGCCUCCCAGGUCAUCGCGAAUGCGGCGAUCGGCGCUUGCAGCCGAGGUCAGCAGUGGCAGCAAGCCGUGUCCGUGCUGGCCGGGAUGUCGCGGGACGCGCUUUCGACGGACAUCAUCAGCUACAACGCUUGCAUCAGCUCUUGCGAGAGAAGCCAACACUGGCAGCGGGGCCUGGACCUUCUGCAUGCAGCUGCGGCUCGGACGCUGCGGCCGACGGCCAGCACCUACAGCGCAGGAGUCACCGUCUGCGGGGCUGCAUCUCGCUGGGUGGAGGCGCUGUUGCUGCUGGAGGAGUCCACCCACCACCUAGCGGCGAGCCUCGUCGUCUUCAAUGCCGCGGUCGCCGCUUUGGGACGCGCAGCGGCCUGGGACCAGGCGCUGUCUUUGCUUCACCAUGCGGCGAGUCUCCUCGAGGUGGACGUAAUCACAUACAAUGCCGCCGUCACGGCCUGCGAGGGCGCGGCGGAGUGGCAACAGGCGCUGGGGGUUUUGGCAGCCUUGCGGAGCAGCGGCCUGGAAGUGGAUGUGAUUUCCUACAAUGCGGCCAUGAGUGCCUGCGAGAAGGCCGAGGAAGUCGGGCCAGCCCUGGAUCUCUUCGCUGAGCUUUGCAGCAUCCAAUUGCAGCCGACGUUGGUCAGCUUUUCCGCUGCAGCCUCGGCGUGUGAGAAGGUGGCCGGCUGGGCGCAGGCGCUGGGCCUUCUCGCCGGCGCCGCGGCAAGUGGCCUGCAGCCGGACGUGGUGCUCUACAAUGCCGUCCUGGCUGCGUGCGAGAAG